UUUGCUGUUUGAAUGGCAAAUGUUGGGCAAAUGGCGAUUAUUGUUAAUUUCUUGAAACCGAUUUGAUAUUUAAUUAUUGAUAUAAAGUUAAUUAGUUUCAAUAAUUGUGUGUUAAAAUAUCCUAGAUGUAUAAUAAGUAACAUAAGUUAAGAAAUCUGAAAAAGUUUGAAAUACUUCCUAGAUUGUUACACGUUUACGAGAAUGGCCGAAUAUUUGGCGGCUAUAUUUGGUACAGAAAAAGACAAAGUAAAUUGCUCGUUUUACUUUAAAAUCGGAGCUUGUCGACAUGGUGAUCGCUGCUCACGAAUUCAUAACAAACCUACUUUCUCUCAAACAGUUUUGUUACAAAAUUUGUAUGUGAACCCCCAAAAUUCUGCAAAAUCUGCAGACGGUAGUCAUUUGGUUGUUGCAAAUGUCUCUGAUGAGGAAAUGCAAGAGCAUUAUGAUAAUUUCUUUGAGGAUGUAUUCGUAGAAUGUGAAGACAAGUAUGGGGAAAUAGAGGAAAUGAACGUUUGUGAUAACCUUGGUGAUCACCUAGUUGGAAAUGUCUACAUUAAGUUUCGCCGUGAGGAAGAUGCAGAGAAAGCUGUAAAUGAUCUUAACAACCGCUGGUUUGGUGGUCGGCCCGUGUAUGCCGAAUUGUCGCCUGUAACUGACUUCCGUGAGGCGUGCUGCCGUCAGUAUGAGAUGGGAGAGUGUACAAGAAGUGGUUUCUGCAACUUUAUGCACCUUAAACCCAUUUCAAGGGAGCUGAGAAGGUACCUGUACGCGCGGCGGAAGGGCGGGCGCCGCUCCCGCAGCCGCUCGCGCGAGCGCCGCCGCCGCUCGCGCUCGCGCGACCGCCGCCGCGAGCCGCCGCGCAACUCGCGCUCCGGCCGCUACUAG